AUAACUUGAACGAAUGGGAUAAAAAAUAUCUCCCCUUGGUCAGGGAUGCUCAUCACAUUUUCCUGAAACAGAAUCAGCUCGUUUUUUUCUGUUCACUAUAUAAUUACUACUGCUGCUCGCUCUCCUUCCUUCUAAACAACGACGGCGACAACAACAGCAGACAUUUCUUUUUUUUUUGCUAGUGAAAAAGAACGACGGCUGCUGAACAUGACACACUAGAGAUCAUCGCGAUCAAAUCUCGCAUCAGAUCGUGGCUUGACGAAUGCAACAACAACAUCGAUUUUGAUGUGAGCGGCGAAAUCAAAGAGCAAAGCGCUUCCCAUGCACACUAAUAAACGCUCAAAUAAUGUUUCAACGCGUUCAGAUAGAAAAAUGGAGAAAAAAAACGCUAUAUAACUGGUUCAUACGAUAAAUCAAAAGACUGAACUGGUUAAAAUGAGUUUACCUGUUUACGUCAGGAUAAACUCAUUUUAACCAGUUCAGUCUUUUGAUUCAUCGUAUGAACCAAUUAUAUAGCGUUUUUUUCUCCAUUUUUCUAUCUGAACGCGUUGAAACGUUAUUUGAGCGUUUACUUGUGUGCAUGGGUAUUCUAUUCGACAAAAACGGAUGAUCACAUUAUGCCGUGGAUUAUAUUUUCUUUUAUCUCCUAUCUUUUCCAUUCUUAUGAAUCGAUAAAACAAUUCUAUGUAUCUGUUAGUUAGUCAGUCAAUUGUUUCAAACAUUUCGUCCAAGACGACAACCAUCAUAUCUCAACUAAUACUGACGAGGAAAAUGUUCAUAUUUUUUUUAAGAAGUGCUUCAAAUCGGUUCCUGUACUGAUUUAACAUGUGAUAAAGAAAUAAAAGAAUUGUAUGAAUGUCAUUGUUGUUCACGUCUUAUUUGUUUAAAUCAUUUAAUUGAACAUGCUGAAAUAACAAAACAAAAUAAGGAACGAUUAGAUAGUCGUCGUAAUGAAUUAAUAACAGUUAUAACUACACUUAAAUUAAUUAUUGAACAAAAACUAUUUGAUAUUGAACGUGAAAAAAAAUUGAUUCAACAAGCAGAAUAA